AUGCAGCACAACGCCGAGUUGCAAGAGGAGAACGAACGUCUGCACUAUGAGCUGGAUGACAUCAAGAGCCAGCACGUGUUGAUGGAAAAGCAUGGAUUGGAGGAUACCCACAGCAACAGCACCAAUGACAACCAACAGAUGGAGACAGAGGAUGCCCUGCAACCUCUCCCCACCUCGUCCGAGCCCGAAACGCAGGAGGACAAUUCUGCCGUGGCUGGUGUCUACGAAAUUCCCCAACGCCUCAAGACCUUGCACAACCUGGUCAUUCAAUACGCCUCGCAGGGCCGCUACGAAGUGGCCGUUCCUCUCUGCAAACAGGCGCUGGAGGAUCUGGAGAAAGCCAGUGGGCGCGAGCAUCCCGAUGUGGCCACCAUGCUCAACAUUCUGGCCCUCGUGUACCGCGAUCAGCACAAGUUUAAGGAGGCUGGUGUCCUCUUGCAGGAGGCCCUGGACAUUCGCGAGCGCACCCUGGGCCCGGACCACCCCGCCGUGGCCGCCACGCUCAACAACCUGGCCGUGCUGUAUGGCAAGCGCGGUAAAUUCAAGGAUGCACUGCCUCUUUGCCAACGAGCUCUCAAGAUUCGCGAAAAGGUCCUUGGAGAGGAUCAUCCUGACGUUGCCAAACAACUUAACAACCUGGCACUCCUGUGCCAAAACCAAGGGCAAUAUGAUCAAGUCGAGCUGUAUUACGAGCGGGCGCUCAACAUUUACCGUAAAACGCUUGGGCCGGACGACCCCAAUGUGGCCAAAACUCUGAACAACCUGGCGUCGGCUUACCUCAAGCAGGGCAAGUACAGCAAGGCCGAGGCGCUCUACCGCCAGGUUCUCGAAGCUGCGCACGAGAAGGAAUUUGGCCCGUUGGAUGAAGGCUCUGAUUCUCGCGACAAGGCGGCCUAUCUGCUCGGCGAAGCCCCGCCAGAUGACCCCUCUACCAAGGUCGACGACAACUACGGCGGCUGGCACAAGGCUGCCAAGGUUGACAGCCCCACCGUCACGACAACGCUCAAAAAUCUGUGUGCACUGUAUCGUCGGCAAGGCAAGCACGAGGCUGCCGAACACCUCGAAAACUGUGCCCUGCGCUUCCGCAAAAAAGCCUUGGAUGCCGUCAAUAACAGCAAGGCCGCUCAGCUGUUGGGACCCGAGGCCGUGGCAGAUCAGGCCAACGGCGGCAGUUUGCCCAACAGUCCUGCGGCUGCAGGCCCGUCAGACAAACGUCGUUCGGGCCGUCUUUUCUCCCUCCGCAAAAAUAGUCGCGCCUCGAGCUCCAGUAUCAAGGGGCCGGCCAAGUCUUCUGGUCGUUAGCCAACGACGGUGCCUUUGGCUUGCAUCAUUUUUGAGCACCGGUGAGAACGCGGCCUGCGGUCGUAGCAUGGCUGUGGCGUGUCUCCCUACUCAGGAACCAGUGUACAGUUGUAUCUGCUUCUUGGGAGAACUUUGUUUUUCCUUUUACCCCCCUCUCCGGCGCUGUCAUGUUUGUCCCCGCUGUACCAAUUUGUUUGGAGCUGAAAGUCUUGUUUGUUCCAGCAAUCCUCGCCCCUGUCGUUCUAACAUGUGUCGACGCGUCCAAUCGAUAGCAUGAGCUUG